GCAGCAUAUCAAAACGCGCUGCAUCCUAGUGACGUCAUUUACAGUCGACCAGUAAACAGAUUCGUGGAUUUUCACCGCACGCGAGGAGGAUGAACCUGACACUGAGCUGGCUGCUGCUCCUCUUCUUCUCUGCGGCGGUGUGGUCGGUGCCCAUCGAUCGCAAUGAAGCCAACCAGGAGCAGAAGGAGGACAUACAGGAGGAGAACAUGGACACGGGUCUGUACUACGACCGCUAUCUCAGGGAGGUGAUCGAGGUUUUGGAGACUGACCCUCACUUCAGAGAGAAGCUGCAGACAGCAAACACAGAGGACAUCAAGAACGGGCGUCUCAGUAAAGAGCUGGACCUGGUCAGCCACCACGUGAGGACCCGGCUGGAUGAGCUGAAGCGGCAGGAAGUGUCUCGCCUCAGGAUGCUGCUGAAAGCCAAACUGGACAGCACAAACACACAGAGCCUUCAGAUGGACCACGCCUCUCUGCUGAAGCAGUUUGAACAUCUGGAUCCACACAAUCAAAACACUUUUGAGGCUAAAGACCUGGAGCUGCUGAUUUCCACGGCCACCAAGGACCUGGAGAACUACGACGCCGAGCGGCACGAGGAGUUCAAGCGCUACGAGAUGCUGAAGGAGCACGAGAGGCGGGAGUACCUGAAGGGUCUGGACCAGGAGAAGAGGGAGAGGGAGGAGAAGAGGAUGCAGGAGAUGAAGGAGAAGCACAGCCAGCACCCGAAAGUUAACGCCCCAGGUAGUGUCAAUCAGCUGAGGGAGGUUUGGGAGGAGACGGAUGGGUUGGACCCCCAAGAGUUCAACCCUAAAACUUUCUUCAAGCUGCACGAUACAAACGAAGAUGGAGUUUUAGAUGAGCAGGAAUUAGAAGCACUUUUCACAAAAGAGCUGGAGAAAGUCUACGACCCAAAGAACGAGGAGGAUGACAUGAUGGAGAUGGAGGAGGAAAGGCUGAGGAUGAGAGAGCACGUCAUGAAAAACGUGGACACAAACAAAGACCGGCUCGUCAGCCUGSAGGAAUUCCUCAAAUCCACAGAGAAGAAGGAGUUCAAUAAUCCCAAAGACUGGGAGACGCUGGAUGCCAAACCGGCGUACACUGAGGAGGAGCUCCAGCGCUUUGAGGCGGAGCUCAGAGACAAAGAGGAAGAGCUGAAGAGGAAGGCGGAAACUCUUCGUCAGGAGCAGGAGCUGCUGAGAGAGAGGGGCAAAGCCUUGGAGGCCCAGAAAAGAGAGUACCAGCAGGCCGUGUUAGAAAUGUCGCAGAGGCAGGAAGUGGACCGGCAGCCUCCUGCAGGUCCCAACGGACAACUCCAGUUUCAGCCACAGACAAACAAACCUGAAGAAGUCAAAGCUCCAGCAGAAGUCCAGAACAACCUGCCAGCAGAACCUCCACAAAACCUGCCCGUUCACACUUAAAGCGCCGUCUUCUCACAGCAUCAACAUAAAGCCUCAUUCAUUUAAUGACUUGUUUCUGAAAAGUGUGACGUAUAUUUAACUUCAGACAAACCCACUUCUUCAUCCGGACAUCCUGUGCUGUGUGUUCAUCUCAGUGGUCUAUAUUAGAUUAAAGAUAAAAAAACACACGAGCUGUUAGUGCAUGCAUGUUCACGUACCUUCAGUUUCUGUGAAGCUUUUUAUUCAUGCAGAGUCCUCGGUGUGAAAUCACAAAUAAAGUUUUCAUUUAAAACCACCAAA